GGCUAAGGAGCUUUGUCUUAAUGGAGAGUAAUGGGAGGCAAACCUGUAAUGCAGACUGAUGAUAGGUUGGGAGUGAUACCUCCGUCUUAUAAAGGUGCGCGCAGCCCAUUUGAGGGCAGUGUUAUCUAUCCCUUCCAAUAUGAGCAGCAUCCAGGCCGUCGCUAAGUCCUACCAGCUAUUCAACCCCAGAGCCUACCUACAGAACAACUAUGUGCCCCCGCGGGCCGACUUCUCAAGCGAGGACAGCGUCAUGUGUUGGAAACUGCGUCGACUUCACGAGGCGUGCGCCACGGGUGAGAUAAAGGGGCGCACCCUGGUAGACAUUGGUUCCGGUCCUACGAUAUACCAGCUGCUGAGCGCCUUUGAGCACUUUAAUGAGACGAUUAUGACGGACUACUUGGAGGUGAAUCGGCAAGAACUGAAGAUGUGGCUCAGUAGUGAACCAGGGGCCUUUGACUGGAGCGGCUACUUUGAACACGUCUGUAAGCUGGAGGGCAAAGGAGAGCCCUGGAAAGAGAAGCAAAAACGGCUCCGCGAACGCGUGUCUCGGGUGAUCCCAGUGGAUGUCCAUCGGUCUGGUCCGCUAGGAGGAGAGCUGGCCAGCGGAUCAGUAGACUGCCUGGUAUCUUCUUUCUGCCUUGAAGCUUGCAGCCCCGACUUAGAGGCCUUUCAGAAGGCUCUUGAAAAUGUUGUCGGGCUCCUGAAACCAAAGGGCCACUUUUUAUGGAUCGGGGCUUUAGAGGAGUCCUACUACCUAGCCGGAGAGGCGCGGCUGAGUGUGGUGCCCGUCACAGAAGACAUAGUAAAGAGGGCGCUGUGCACAGCAAAGUGCAUUAUUAGGGAGUUUUCCACCUAUUCCAUGACUCCUAGCAUGAAAGUAGGUGUAGAUGACGUCAGUGGGAUAUUUUUUGUUUGGGCUCAGAAAGACACGCCAAAGUGAAAGUGAAAGUGAAAGUGAACAUGAGUUUCAUGACAUGGAGGGGGAAUAUUACAUUGGAUACUGGAUUAAAAAAAAAAAGUGUAAUUUGCAAAU